GGGCCCCGAGGCUCCUCUAUGGGAUUCCCGGGCUGCAGCCGAGACUCAGCCGAGCGUGCUGCGGUGCCUGGGCUUGCAAGGCACGAUCCAGGAGGCAUUUCCACAGCCUAGACCUCCAGAGGGAAGGGGGAAAUAAUAAUAAUCAAAAAUUUAUAAAGAGCGUGGGAGAAGCACAGACAGGACGGCUUGUCGCUGAGCCGAAUUUAUAGAAAAAGAACUGUUGAGUUUUUUUCAUUUUCCUGAAGUGACCGUGCACAGCGCUAUAACUGCAGAAUGGGGAAACAGAAUAGCAAACUGGCCCCCGAAGUGAUGGAGGACUUGGUGAAGAGCACGGAGUUUAACGAGCACGAGCUCAAGCAGUGGUACAAAGGCUUCCUCAAGGACUGUCCAAGCGGGAGGCUGAAUCUCGAGGAAUUCCAGCAGCUCUACGUGAAGUUCUUCCCAUAUGGAGACGCCUCCAAGUUUGCCCAGCACGCCUUCCGCACCUUUGACAAGAACGGGGACGGCACAAUCGACUUCCGAGAGUUCAUCUGCGCCCUGUCCAUCACCUCUAGGGGCAGCUUCGAGCAGAAGCUGAACUGGGCCUUCAACAUGUACGACCUGGACGGCGACGGCAAGAUCACCCGGGUAGAAAUGCUGGAGAUCAUUGAGGCCAUCUACAAAAUGGUGGGCACUGUCAUCAUGAUGAAGAUGAAUGAAGAUGGCCUCACGCCCGAGCAGCGAGUAGACAAGAUUUUCAGCAAGAUGGAUAAGAACAAAGACGACCAGAUCACACUGGAUGAAUUCAAAGAAGCAGCCAAGAGUGACCCCUCCAUCGUAUUACUUUUGCAGUGUGACAUUCAGAAGUGAGCUGAGGUCAAUGCUACGGACUGCACAAGUCUCACUGUUGCAUUCAGUCUGCAGCUACACACACACACACACACACACACACACACACACACACACACACACAUUGCUUGGACUAUCUAUAAAUGGACUUGCUUCUUGUGUUUGAAACACGUGUGUGCAUGAGAAUGUCAUUCGCUAAAUGAAUUUUAAAAGCAUCUGUUAUGAAACUAAAAACCAACCCGCCACAAUGUGAUGAUAUGUAUAAUAUCAUUUCAUAAACAACGCUCUUCCUUCACAGCCUGGGCAGAAAUGUGCUGCAAAAAGUUCUUUGAUUUCUUGUUCAUGUUUCGCUUAUGCUUGUGUCUCUUUGAUUCCAUAAUGUUAGUAGCACUGAGAACCCUGCCCCACCCCCAAAGUAAUGUAACUUGAUUCUGAGCGAUGUCACCAUUCUCCUGUAAAAGAGUACCUACCGGACAGACAGACAUGCAGAGGGCCCGCCGGCUCUUCUGUGCAGUCUACACACAAGAGCUUGUGUUCCCAGUGAAUCUAAAAGCCUACGUUUGCAUGCCUUUUAGGUUUGCCUUAAUUCUUACCUCAUUAGCAUCCUACCAAUCUGGAAAGAGCUGUGUUGGAAUUAAUGCAUUAUAACACUGAAAACCCUGCUAAACAAGUCAUUAAGUAAAUCUAUAUCUAUAUAUGCAUAUAUACAAAGCUAUUAUUUAUUGAAAGUAAAGAAAAAAAGAUGGCAAUAUAUUGUUUUCUGCUUGCAUUUUCAAAGGCUUCUCUAGAGGUGGUCAUAGAUUUCCCAAAUAAAUUUAUAAAAUUUGACCCCC